AUGGUUGAAGCUCGUGGCCACAGUACCGGUAAAAGAAUUGAGCAUACCGCCAAGGAAGGGAUUGAUGGGAUAGAUAGCAGAGGCGACGUAAUUGCCCAUGGCAGCGCCAAAUAUAGCACCAGCACUGAUGUCACCGCUUAUAAAAUUUUCAUUAGGUGCUUCAUCAUGAAGAAUACGUUGCGAACGACGGAUAAAACGACGGAGAAACCCAAUACGAGAGCUAACGCGUUCAACAUCAUCUCUUAUACGAAGCGUAGCAAGGAUACUAGCCCUACGAAGCCUACGAAGCUUGCUAAAUCUACGAAGCCUCCUAACCCUACUAUCCCUACUAACCCUAGGAAGUCUAAUAAAUAUACGACGGGGGCGCCGUCUAUUGCUUUCGCCAGCUGUAAUGCAGUUGCGAGGGAUGCAGGACGGUGA